AUGUACAAAGAAAAACCCCUCCCCCUCUUCUCCCCUGCGCGUCGACUACCGCACUCCCAACACCCUCCUCGUCGCCGUCUUCACCUCCGACACAUUACCUUCCUCUUAGCCUGCAUUCUUUGCAUCUGCUACUUCACUCUCCUCUCCAGCUCCUCAUCCUCAGCCUCAUCCCGCUCCCCCAGCCAUACCCAUUCAGAAACACAAUCCGACACGUCAACAACGCCACAGAAACAACAACCAUCGAAAGCGAGACACGAUGCCGGGAAAGGGGUCCCGCCGAGCAAGAGAUUACCUGCGUCACUGCUAAACAAUUUGACGCUUACGGAGGAAGAGUGUCGGGCUACGUUUCCCGGGCUGAUGAAGGAGAUUGAUGAUACUGUUGCGCUGGGGCCGUUUGACGUGAAGGAUACAGGAGAGUUUGGGCCGUUGCAGGGGAGAAUUAAGGACGGGAAGCUCUAUAUCCUCCACACGCAACGGCGCAAAGACCUUUCUCAAGAAAUGGUCAACUCCCGCACCGCCACCCUUCAUUCCCUUCACCGCGCACUUUUAACCUCCCCAUCCCCCAUAAAAGACACAAUCUUUACCCUCAAUUUCCUCGAUCAACCCUUCGGUACCUGCCUGACCUAUUCCCGCCCGGCCGAUCCCUCCCUUCACUCUCCUGACCCCAACGCCCGCCUCUUCCUCAUGCCCCACUUCUCCUUCUGGGCAUGGCCGCUGCCGUUUAUUGGGAGUAUGUCCCGCGCCAUGGAGGCAAUAACACGAUUGGAGGAGGGACCUGAAUUUGGCGGGGAGGGGGGUUGGCAGAGGAAGGUGAGCAAGGCGGUGUGGAGGGGCACGACGUGGUUUAGUAGCGUGACGAGUCCGGGGAUGCGGGCCAAGCUAGUGCAGACGACCAAAGAUAAGCCGUGGGCGGAUGUAGAGGCUCUCGACUGGGACGGGAAGGGUAAGAGCGCGAGGAACGGGUUGAAGAUUGAGGAUUUUUGUCGGUAUAAGUAUGUCAUCCACACCGAGGGGGUGACGUACAGCGGCAGGUUCCAGUACCUGCAGCAGUGUGCCAGCGUCGUCCUCACCCCGCCGAUUCAGUGGGUGCAGCAUACCACGCAUUUAGUGCGUCCACUCUUCUCAUCCGACCUGAACUUGACUCCCCGCUGGGAGCCGAGCGAGAGAGUCAAAAAGGCAUGGCCCGUCCGCUACGGGCCGGAGGAGGCGAACAUUGUGUUUGUCGCGCCCGACUGGUCGGAUCUGGGCGCUGUUGUGGAGUGGUUGGAGCAGCAUCCCGACUUGGCAGAGGGGAUUGCGAGGAGGCAAAGGGAGUUGUUUGUCGGAGGGGGGUAUUUCAGUCCGGCGGCCGAGGCCUGUUAUUGGCGGGCGUUGAUGAAUGGGUGGGCAAAGGUCGCGAGGGUUGAGGGCAGUGGGCUGGAGGAUAUGGAGGGGACGCCGUUUGAGCUGUGGGCGAUGACGAACGGGGAGUGA